AUGGAUGCAUUCUCGGGCUCAGGGCUCAAGAGGAAAUUCGAUGAUGUGGAUGUGGGCUCAUCAGUUUCCAACUCAGAUGAUGAGGUCUCCAGCAGUGACAGUGCUGACAGCUGUGACAGCCUCAACCCUCCUACAACUGCCAGCUUCACACCCACAUCCAUCCUGAAGCGGCAGAAGCAGCUGCGGAGGAAGAAUGUCCGCUUUGACCAGGUGACUGUGUACUACUUUGCCCGGCGCCAGGGUUUCACCAGUGUGCCCAGCCAGGGUGGAAGUUCUUUGGGAAUGGCCCAGCGCCAUAACUCUGUACGCAGCUACACCCUUUGUGAGUUUGCACAAGAACAAGAGGUGAACCAUAGAGAGAUUCUUCGUGAGCAUCUCAAGGAGGAGAAACUUCAUGCCAAGAAAAUGAAGCUGACCAAGAAUGGGACAGUGGAGUCAGUUGAGGCUGAUGGCUUGACAUUGGACGACGUUUCAGAUGAAGAUAUUGAUGUGGAAAAUGUGGAGGUGGAUGAUUAUUUCUUCCUCCAACCCCUGCCCACCAAGAGACGACGGGCCCUGCUGAGGGCAUCCGGUGUCCACCGGAUUGAUGCGGAAGAGAAGCAAGAACUUAGAGCCAUCCGCCUAUCUCGGGAAGAGUGUGGUUGUGACUGUCGACUCUACUGUGACCCAGAAGCGUGUGCCUGUAGCCAGGCUGGGAUUAAAUGCCAGGUGGAUCGAAUGUCCUUUCCUUGCGGCUGCUCCAGGGAUGGCUGUGGAAACAUGGCUGGGAGAAUUGAGUUUAACCCAAUCCGAGUGCGGACUCACUACCUCCACACUAUCAUGAAGCUGGAGCUGGAGAGCAAACGGCAGGUGAGUCGCCCAGCAGGCCCUGAGGAUGAGCCCUUGCCUACUGCUGGCUGCAGCCUGCCAGGAGCCCAGAGCUCUGAGACACAGGACUUCCAGGAGUUCAUCGCCGAGAACGAGACUGCAGUGAUGCACCUCCAGAGUGCGGAGGAACUGGAGCGGCUCAAGGCAGAGGAGGACUCGAGCGGCUCUAGCGCCAGCCUGGACUCAAGCAUGGAGAGUCUGGGCGUAUGCAUCCUGGAGGAGCCCCUGGCCGUUUCCCAAGAGCUGUGUCCAGGCCUGGCCGCCCCCAUUCUCAUCCAAGCUCAGCUGCCCCCAGGUUCCUCUGUCCUGUGUUUUACUGAGAACUCAGAGCACCCGGCUGCCUCACCGGUGAGCAGCCCAUCCUACUUGAACAGUGGGCCUCUGGUGUACUACCAGGUAGAGCAGAGGCCGGCCUUGGGAGUGAAAGGAGAGCCUGGCUCAGAAGAGGGCACAGCCUCCUUCCCCAAGGAGAAAGAUCUGGGUGUUUUCUCCCUCCCUGUUACCUCACUGGUGGCUCGCAGCCCCUCAGACUCAGCUGCCCUCUGUAAACCAGAGGUGGGGAAAACACCCACUCUUGACAAACUGUUGUCCGAUGACUGUAACCCUAAGGAGCCUGAGAGUGAAGACUUGCACCCCUCUUGGUCUCCCUCAAGUCUACCCUUCCGAACGGACCAUGAAGAAGACUGUGGAGUGCAGAGCUCCCAGCAGAGUGAGGACCGGACCCCUGAAGACUCUGCCCUAGAGCUUCCUCUGGCAGUGUGACCUGAGACAGGCACUGCCCAUUCUCUAUUUAUUAUCUAAUGCCAUUUCAAAACAAGACUGCUGCUCCCGGGUUAUUUUAUUGAAAAUCUUAGGAAAAAAUGGGUAGGAAAGGGUUGUUAGUACUUGUAUUUUUAAAAAGGGAAAGAGACCAACCCCAGCUCAGUUUCCAUUACUGAGCUCUGUGGGCCACCAGAACAAAGAUGUCAAUUGCACAGAAUGAGCUAGGUAGCUUUAUGCAUAGGGCCAGGACUAAGGAUGUGAGUAGCUCCCUGUGGGGCACAAGCUCACUCCUCAGACACCCAUCUUGGUGUAUCAGUCACACUCUUGGAAAGGCCACUCAGCUGAGUCUAGAACGGAGGCUGCAGAAGAGUCUGCUUCUGUACAAAACUCCCAGAUUAAACAUUGAUUCUGCCUUUCUUCCACCUCUCAACUGGUAAAUCAGUUAAUUUUCAAUGUGUUUGGUGUUCCCUGGCCUGCUCUGCAAACAGGAUUCCUGGUCUGUAACUUGAAUUGUUUCUUUCAUAUGCCCUUAGGUACCAGAGUUAAACUUCUCUGCCGUUUUCUCCAUCCUUUUCUUGAAGGAAAAGGUCCAGGUUGGAUAUGGAUAUGGUACAGACAUAAGGCUUGCGUACCAUUCGGCAGGAGUCCAGUCUGGAACAGCCUGGAAGAUGACUGUGUUCUUGCUUUCUCACCUAGUGCACCUCCCCAUACACUCUCCUUUUGGGGGAGCUUGGCUCUAAACGGAUAUAAAGUGUAGUGCAAGGCCAUUAGCUAGUUGGGACUCUCUCUGUACCUGCCCUCAUCGUCCUUCUUGGUUAUCUAGGGUUAGAGAGCUCCUUGGAUAUUACAGUUCAGUCCUCAGAAUUGCAGGUGUUUAUUGGACCCCUCCAUCUUGGAGAUUUAUGAAAACUGGAAGUCAAGCUGAUUCUUAAUUAAGUGACAGGACUCAGAGAUUCCAAAGGGUUCAAGAUCCGAUUACAAUCUUUGAAGCAUAUAGACUGGGACCCAGAUCAACACUUACCUCAGUCAGUAGUCCUUGCUCCUCUCAUGUCUUAAUUAAAGUUCUCGUAUCCCCACUCAGCACUGACUUUUUUUUUUAUUGGCAGUGUACCUCUGCCUUCUGGUAAUGAAGGUGGUAGGAGCAAAACACUUUUCCUCAUUCUUUACUAACCAGAAAAGAAAAACAAAACUUGUUUUGAUUUUUUGAGACAGGGUCUUGCCAAAUAGCCCUGGCUAGCCUGGAACUUCCUAUGUUCCUAUGUCCAACCUGUGGCAGUCCUGAUUGUGCAUCCUGAAUGCUGAGAUUGCAGGUGUGUACCACUUUGCUUGGCUUUAUCUAUUUUUGGUGGGAUAAGGUGGUCCUGGUUUUGUAGAGUGAACUUGAAUGUGUGUAGUAGCAGAAACACCUUUAAAUCUCUGAUCCUAAGUCUGGAGGUCCCUGCAUUUGACACAGAUCCUGGUUUUUAACCCAUUCUGCCACUGCUGUUCAUUUCUGGGUUUGCUUGGCUUUAUUGUUGGAGGUCUUAAGGAAGUACCUAGUUCUCUGUCUAGUCUCACUAGAGUUACCCUGAAUACCAGAGGCCAAAACUCACCCUCAGCCAGAACUCUCAACCCCAAGACUGAAGCUAAGCUGAGACUGGCUGGUGGAGAGAAGAAUCUUUCGAAGUUUGUUGGAAAGGAGGGACUCAGCACCUUUCCUCUUGAAGACUCCAACUGUCUUAGCCCUUGGACUUGGAUUUUCAUUAAGAAACAUACUAGUCAUUGUCACAAAGACUAGCCAGUCCCCAAGGUAUUUGAUAUUUCUAUAUGACUCUAGUUUCUUAUUCUAAAUGCAUCUCCUCAUUAAGUCAUGUUCUGAUUCAAACUGACCCCAAACUUAUGAGUGCUAAAUAUUUAGCAUUGACGAAUGUCAAGCAAAAGACCUUUUCUACAACUUAAUCCGUCUCAUUCCUGGUGCUACCUGAGUUGGACAGAAUUUAUAGUUCCUGGUUGCUAGGAAGGCUAGGCCUCUGAUCACGGAAGCAGAGCCAGUCCCCCUCAGUCUAGGCCUAGGUGAACUGUGGCUCAUUACUGCAGCUCGUUACGCUGCCUCCUUGCAUACUGUGCACAGGUCAUAUUCUCAAUGUGAAUCCAAAGCUUGUCUGGCUCUCUGAAAACAGUCCCCCUUAGGUUCUUUACAUUGUAAUAAUGCUGUAUUUAAAGAGAAUAUUUAAAUGUAAUAUUAAAGAAAUAUUCAAAAGAA